AUGGACGAGAAGAAGUUGGAUGAUAAGCGCCUGGACGAGGAGCAGGGUCAGGCAGUAGCACAGACUACAAUUCUGUCACAUGGAUUGCCUGUUUUUCCACAACCGACAGCAGACCCUCUCGACCCUCUGAAUUGGUCGAGUGUUCACAAAAACUCGAUUCUGGCCAUUGUUUGUCUCAAGUAUUUCUUGUUCACAUAUAUAACCACAACAACUGUACCAUCGUUUCCUGACUUACAGGAGCAAUAUGCAAUCUCCUACUCACAAGUCAAUUGGACCGUCGCUAUUCCAGCUCUUGGUCUAGCUGUCGGACCGCUGAUCUGGUCCUCGUUCGCCGACAUAUAUGGUCGAAGGAUUGUCUUCAUCAUUGGCACCGUCAUGGCAUUGGCUGCGACAAUUGGCGCCGCCGCAGCUCCGAACUAUGGAGGCUACAUGGCAGCAAGAUUCUUCCAAGGCUUAGGUGUGAGUCCUGGAGCGACAGUCGGCUUGGCCUGUAUCAGCGACAUGUUCUUUGAGCAUGAGAGAGGCCAGAAGGUCGGCAUCUGGGUGCUUGCCAUUGAUAGUGGUCUGCUCGUCGGUCCGAUCCUCGGUGGUUUCCUGAACGUCGUCAGUGCGGCCUGGAUUCAAUGGUUCACUGCCAUAUUGUUUGGUGUGUUGCUGAUUUUGGAACUUGCAUUCAUGCCAGAAACACUGUACCCACGGCAUCGAAUGCUGAUUGAUGCGCCUGUCAGCGGCCACAAUGGACUUAGUGGGCGCGGUAUGGAGAAGACGAGAACACAAGGGACCGAUGCCUCCGUGUCUGAGCUGCCUCGUACGAAGAAGCUGCCGUUUGUGAACGUUGUUCGACCUGUACCAGGAAUGAGACAUCCGAAGCCUUGGGACAGUGUCAUUCGGUUUGCGUUGACUUUCAAGUUCUUAGCAGUGGUCGUCGCGGUUCUCUCAUACUGCUUCCUGUGGUAUUGGUGGGUCUUGUCUGUGAUCACGAUGCUACCAGCAGCAUACCUUGACUACACACCUUUAAUCCAGGGGCUACUUUUCAUUGGCCUUCUCCUUGGCACCUUGUUUGCUGAAAUUUGCCUUGGUGGCCGGCUCUCUGACAACCUCGUCGCUCGAUUAGCGAAACAGAACGGUGGCCAACGUCUGCCAGAGCAACGACUUUGGUUAGCAUAUCCUGGUGGCAUUCUGACAGCGGUUGGUCUCAUUGUGUGGGGUGUCAGUAUUGAUCGUGCAUACCACUGGAUGGUGGGCCAGGUUGCGUUCUUUCUCUUCGCGGCUGGCAUUCAAAUGGGAAACACGGUCGUGGUGUCCUACAUUGUGGAUGCCUACCCUCUGCAAAGCAUGGCGAUGGUAACAUACUAUGCCGUCUUUCUGAACCUAUCAGCAUUCAUCAACCCGUUUUUUAUCGCUCCAUGGCAAGCGUCUGUUGGUUGGACCUGGUGCUUCGCGACUCAGGGAAUUAUUGUGGCCUUUGGUGCUUUGCCGGUGAUUGCAGCACUGCAGAAGUUUGGGCCUUCGAUGCGACAAAGCAACGGAGCGCCAAUCUUCCUGAAUCCGGAGCAUGACUCUGCCAUGUAG